GCAGGGGUUUUGCAACUUUUGCAAGCGAGGCAGAGGCUAAGAGCGAGAGCGAAAACAUGUACGCAGUGCGAGGGAUGAGGCAUAAGCUGUUGAUUUUCCAGAGUCAAUGUAGCAGACAAGCUUUAUCCGCAAGAAAUGAUGGUAUUCUUUUGAAAGUUACCGCAAAGUCUCAUAGCUAUAUAUAUAGGGCAUGUGGGUUCUCAACGACAACAGCAAGGCCGAAGCGGGUGGGCACUCAUAACGGCAGCUUUCACUGCGACGAGGCUCUCGCCUGUUUUAUGAUUCGUCUUACCAAUAAAUUCUCUAAUGCCCAAAUAGUCCGUACCAGAGAUUCUCAGGUGUUGGAGAAUCUUGAUGCUGUGGUUGAUGUUGGGGGAGUUUAUGAUCCUACACGAGAUCGUUACGAUCAUCAUCAGCGCGGAUUUGAGCAAGUAUUUGGCCAUGGAUUUACCACUAAACUUAGUAGUGCAGGCCUUGUAUAUAAGCAUUACGGUGCUGAGAUAAUUGCAAAGGUGCUUCAGCUUGAUGUACAACACCCAAAUGUGUCUCGGUUGUUUCUAGCAGUCUAUAAGAAUUUUGUGGAGGCAGUUGAUGCUAUUGGCAAUGGAAUUAGUCAAUAUGACACAGACCAGCCGCCAAGAUAUGUGAAUUCUACAGGCUUAUCAUUUAGAGUUGGAAGAUUAAAUUUGGACUGGGUAGAUCCUGAUCAAUCAUCUGAGAAAGAGAAUGAAGCCUUUCAACAUGCAAUGACACUCACUGGCAGUGAAUUCUUGGAGAAUAUUCAGUUUCUUGCAAAAUCUUGGCUACCAGCUCGAUCUAUUGUAAUGGAGUGUCUUUCAGCAAGAAAUGAUAUUGACUCCAGCAGAGAAAUCAUGGUGUUGACAAGACCUUGCCCUUGGAAACUCCAUAUAUUUGAGCUUGAGGAAGAGCUGAAGGUUGAGACCAGCAUCAAAUAUGUCAUUUACCAAGAUGAUAGAAGUGAAAAUUGGAGAGUGCAGGCCAUAGCAGUUUCACCUGGCAAGUUUGAGAGUAGGAAACCUCUACCACUUCCUUGGAGGGGUUUGGAAGGUAACAAACUCUCUGAGGUGGCAGGGAUCCCUGGUUGUGUUUUUGUCCACAUGAGUGGAUUCAUCGCUGCAAAUAAAAGUUUUGGAGGUGCCUUAGCUAUGGCUAGAGCUUCUUUGAAGGUGUAAAGAAUUUACUGAGUAAACACCGAAAUGUGUAAUGUCCUCUGUGCCAUCCAUGGGUGCCACACUUUUGUAUAUGUGCUUUGAAGUGGGAUGUGGAAGGCAGUAGCUUCAAUUGUAUGUUCUCUUCAGCUGAGUGUAUUUGUUUGUGAGUUUCUUGAUCCUGGAAAUUUUGUCCUCAAGAGUCAUGUAUAAAGUUGACUACCCUGGCUUUGGAAUGAGUUGGUCAGGAUUGUUGCAUGAUCUGCUGUUUCCAAUAGAAAGUCAGACGUAAAUACCUUGACUGUUGACCUUCCGGGAGAUUUUGGGUUGGCUUCAUUGUACCCCCAGAUGUGCAGGCCACUA